AUGUCUGUGCUUGCCUCUCUUCGCCGACCUCUCCGGGAAUUGGCAAUCCAAAAUCUACAGAACAUCAUCCCAACGCAUCCUACUACUGUGGCAAACAUCACAAAGGUCUUGAGAAAGAUUGUCUCGCUUCGCCUCAAUAUUACAAAUCAAUUUUAUCCGAACGAUCCUUUUGAGAGAGAGGACGUGUUCAAUUUCUUCCCUAACCUCUCGACCUUCUGGUUGGAACCAACGGCAUCGAGACUAGAACACCUUACAAUCUACUCCAAUCUGUACUUCGGCUUUUACCCCAAGUGUGAUAUUCUAGAUUUCCAUUUUCCGCGCCUCAAAACUCUGGCCCUCGGAAAGUACACGUUUGUACACGAUUGUCAGCUUGAUUUGAUUCUUUCACACGGGAGUACUCUCCAGGAGCUGUACCUGGACAACUGUCCUAUUCUAUACGAGGUUGCGGUCUCCAAGAAGGAGCAAACACUGCUUGGUGUAAAUGGCUUCAAGUCCCACCCCAAGCUCGAGAACACUGUGGGAUAUGCUUCGUACGGAACACGGUGGCAUGAUUACCUGAGGGCAUUCGAGCAAAGUCUCCCACAAUUACAGCAUUUCCGACUCGGCAAUUCCGUAAGUUGUGGGGAAAAGGAUGACCAACCGUUUGAGACGGAGACAGCCAUAGAUAUCGGCUUUCAGAAUAGCUACAUGGUCUUUUGUGAGGGGCACCCAGGCGGCCCUUACAUGAACAAAAGAAUAUAUGAAGACACCGAUCGAGAUAUAGACUACGAGGAUGAUGAUGGAAAGCUUGACGCGAGCAAGGAGGAUAUAUCCGCGCUGAAAAGUUUGAUGGCUAAGCUUGGACAACCUGUGCAAUUGGACGACCGCAGCCGAAAAUAUUGGCGGCCUUUUAUUUGGAAUCAUGAAUACUAUGCAGCAUGA